CUUCAUAAUAACAUUAAUUAGGUUGCAAGCAAGAACAAAUUAUACUCGUAUCAUCUUCCACCACGCACCACCCGGCGGCGGCCUCCUCCCCGCCCAAACCCAAACCCAAACAAUCAAUUAAAGCAAGCAAGCAUGGCCACUCUUCUUUAUACUUCUUCUCUCUUCUUUCUCUUUCUUUUUAGUCUUUCAGAGGCUCAGUCAUUUAUCGGUGUGAAUUACGGGCAAGUGGCGGAUAAUCUUCCGGCACCGGAGGCCACCGCCGAGCUCCUGCACUCCACUUCCAUCCAAAAGGUCCGGCUGUACGGCUCUGACACGGCGAUCAUUAAAGCCUUAGCCAAUACCGGCAUCGGAAUCAUGAUCGGAGUGGCCAACGGUGACAUUCCGGCGAUGGCCACCGACCCCGGGUUCUCCCAGAGAUGGAUAAGUUCAAAUGUCCUCCCCUUCUACCCGGAGAGUAUCGUCACCACCAUCAACGUCGGCAACGAGAUCCUGUACUCCGGCGACCGGGAUCUCAUGGCCCAGCUCUUGCCGGCGAUGAAGAAUCUCCAAAGCGCAAUCGACUCUGUUUCAGUACUGAGAGGAAAAAUCAAGGUGUCCACGGUUCACGGGAUGUCGAUGCUGACGUCGUCGGAGCCGCCGUCCUCGGGGCGGUUCGACCCGGCCAUAACGGACUCUCUGAAAGAGAUCCUGAGCUUCAACAACGCCACGGGCUCUGCUUUCCUCAUCAACCCAUACCCUUUUUUCGCUUACCAGAGCGACCCACGGCCGGAAACCUUAGACUUCUGUCUAUUCCGGCCAAACGCCGGCCGACUAGACCCGGCCACGAAUAUAAGGUACACGAACAUGUUCGACGCGCAGCUGGAUGCGGUGAGGUCAGCACUGGACUCGACGGGGUUCAGGGAGGUGGAGAUCGUGGUGGCGGAGACAGGGUGGCCGUACGCCGGAGACGCAAACGAGGUGGGCCCCGGCAUAGACAACGCCAAGGCUUAUGUCGGGAACCUGGUUUCUCACUUAAGAUCGACGGCGGGGACUCCAUUGAUGCCGGGGAAAUCGGUGGACACGUAUCUGUUCGCGUUGUACGACGAGGACUUGAAGCCUGGGCCCACUUCCGAGAGGUCUUUCGGACUCUUCUACGGGAAUUCAACCAUGAUUUACGAUGCUGGACUUUCGAAAUCCUCCUCCUCCAAUCAGAGCCCGGCAAUGUCAAAAACGGCGCCGCCGCCGCCGCCAUGUAGUGCAACUCCUCCUCCUCCUCAACCGUCGUCAUCUUCUAAGGAUAAUAAUAAUAGAAAUGCAAGUAGGCCGUCUUUGCUGUGGUGGUGUGUGCCAAAAGAAGGGGUGCCAAGCGUGGGGUUGCAAGCCAACAUAGACUACGCUUGUGCGCAGACAUACAUCGAUUGCGGCCCGAUCCAGCCGGGCGGAGCCUGUUUCCAACCAAACACCAUCGCCUCCCACGCCGCCUACGCCAUGAAUCUCGUCUACCAAAACUCCGGCAGGAACUCUUGGAACUGUGAUUUCUCUCGUACUGCAACUCUCACCUCCAACAAUCCAAGUUAUGAUGAAUGUAACUAUCCUGCAUAAAAAACGGAGUACUACUACGUCUGUAAUAAUUAAUGAAAAACGAGAGCUUAAAAGUUCACUCAUUAAAUUUGUAUCAUUCCUUUCGUUUGUAAUUGGUUGGUGUAGUUUUACAAAAAUUUGUUGAUGUGAAUACAACUCUCAAUGCUUUGGUGGUUA